AUGUUUGAUCUUCAAGAUGCGCAAAGCACCAAGUCCAUCGUCUCAAUCGAUGGUUUCGAGUAUAUCGUUGUCGAGAUGGUGGUGCAGUAUCUCAUGAAGACCGAAUACAACCUGGAUAAACGGCAGAAGCUCGAGAAUUACACAUUGGAGCACCUCAAGAAGGCGGCCAAGGACUCUGACGACGGCACUAUCACUGUGAAGGUGGAGGGCGGUCUGACGGAGCUUCAUGUCAAAGUUUACCUUUGCGCGACAUAUCUGAAAGCAAGUGUACUUCAAAAGGUCGCGUUCCGGAACAUUUGA